GUCAAACAAGGAGGAGUGGGUCUACCAAACAUUAACCAAUACUAUAAAGCCGCGGCGCUAACAGCCGGCAUAACGUUACACUCUCCUAAAGGGGACAUCAGCUGGGUAGACAUGGAAAACGCCCAACUAAAAACACUAAAUAUAGUUGAUGUCCUAUGGACGCCUAAACACCUACGGGUCCCCAAACUAGACCUAUUUCACUCAACGUCUCUGACACUUCGUACAUGGGACACGUUUAUGGCCACAAUGGGGUGCAAACUUUCCUUCCAUCCCCGGGCACCACUGACUGCCCUAAGAACCGCAUCCCCCGAUCUCCCUCUAACAAGGUGGACUAAGGCAGGAAUCACCAACAUCCAGCACCUAGUAGACAAUAAAGGCGUAAUAGCAUUUGCGGAUAUACAGGCCAAAUGGCACCUACCGAUGAGGGAGGUAUUUACCUACCUAAGACUCAAAGGGACCAUACUGGCUCAUGUGAACCUACACAACAACACUCGGGAGCAAUCACUAGUGGCGGGCGGGAUUUUAGACAGAUGCUGGGCCGCACCAAAUAAACCAAAAGCCAUCUCCCUCUGUUACAAAAUGUGGGAGACCACAUUACCACAACACACCCCCCUCUGUAAGACUAAAUGGGAGGAGGACUGCUCCCUUCAACUCUCAGAGGACGACUGG